AUGACAGAUGAUGGUAUAGCGACAUUACUUGAAAAAGUGGACUUAAAUGAGUCAGAAUCAUUAGAACAAUCAUUCUUAGGGCCUAGACUCGAGAGACAUAAUCCAUUACAUAUACUUAAAACCAAUCGAAUACUAAAGGGAAGACCAGCUUUUAUAGCUGGACCUAUGGUAAGAUAUUCCAAAUUACCAUUUCGAGAACUUGUACGACAAUAUGAUGUUGAUAUUGCUUAUACACCUAUGAUAUUAGCUCGAGAAUUUGUUAGAAAUGGUAUUGCUCGAGCAUCUGAUUUUACUACCAAUGAAAAGGAUCGUAGUGUUAUAGUACAAGUUGGAUGUAAUAAUGUGGAAGAUUUAUUAAAAUUCGUAGAUAUGAUACAUCCAUAUGUUGAUGGAAUCGGAAUAAAUUGUGGAUGUCCUAUAAAGGAACAAGUACGAGAAGGGAUUGGUGCAGCACUUAUGUCUGAAUCAGAUUUAGUAGCAUCAAUGGUUAAAGCAGUUAAACAAAAGUAUGGAGAUAAAGUAUGUCUUGAAACCAAAAUACGAAUUCAUAAAGAUAUUAAUGAAACCAUAACAUUUGUUAAAAAAGUUGAAGCAAGUGGAGUUGAUUUUAUUACUGUUCAUGGUAGAACCAAGACCACUAGAUCGUCACAACCAUGUGAUUUUGAUGCUAUUAAAAAAAUUAAACAAUCAGUAAAUGUUCCAGUAGUAGCUAAUGGAGAUUGUUUUAGUUUAAAAGAUGCUCAUAAAAUAGCUGAAUAUACUGGAGUUGAUGGAAUUAUGUCGGCUAGAGGUGUACUUUCAAAUCCAGCAUUAUUUGCUGGGUAUACUCAAACUCCCUGGUCAGCAAUAGAAUUAUUCUGGGAUUAUGCUACAAGUUAUGGAUUACCAUUUAGAAUUACUCAACAUCACUUAUCAGAAAUGUUAGAUAAAGUUAUACCUAGAAAGUAUAUUAAAGAAAUGAAUGAAACCACUUGUUUAAUUGAUUUAAUCGAUUGGUUUGAUUCUCACUUUAUACUUAGACGUAGAGGUGAUGAUAAGUUUGGAGUUGAAGUUGAGCCUAGUUGGAAGUUACAGAGAGAAACAGCUGCUCAUAUCUAG